AUGGCCGUUGGCUUGGGUGGAUGGUUGAGUCAACGUUGGCAGUCGAAGUGGGUGUUCGUACGGGGUGCAGGUGGCGUUCGAGUGAAUGAUGGUUUCCUGAGUGUCGCUGCGCAACAAUGA